AUGAGCUUCUCGGUAUCUCGCUUUGCCACAGACGAUGGGCCGGAGUCGCUGGAGGACGGCCUUGAAAUCCCAGGGUUCCCAAAACCAAGCAAGCCGGGAGGGUUCAUGGGCAACUUGCAGGAACACCUCGAGAAGCUCUCCUCGAACGCGAGUUCAAUCCACCAUGUUCUCGAGACCUUGUGCGGUGGCUUGGACCGCUUGGAGAAAAAGGUGGACACAAACUCUUCACAAGUGGAGGCACGAUUGGCGAACAUAGUCCACCACAUUAGCGGAGAAGCCGACGAAGACACGAUGAGUGCGUGGAGCAGCUUAGCCGGCGGGGGAGGGGGAGGCGCCGGCUCUCCGACCGAGCUAGGAACGGUGCCCUCCCUCCGCCGGCGCGGUUCGUUCGGCAUGCAGAUGGCAUCGUGUGGCGAGGAUCCCCCGUUCGAUUUCCGCAACGACAAAAUCUCUCUUGAUGAGGAACUGGCCAAGGUAGGCCGAGGUGGAGAUGAAAGCGAAGAUGUUGUGACAAGCUUUGAGGGCGUUGUUGAACGCGCGAAAGACGUGAGUCUUAAGAACGAAGGAGGAAGGCGAGGAGAGGUAGAGCGAGCGGCAAUACUCAACACCCCAGGGAAUAGUUCUAGCGCUCAAGCUACCUUGAAAACCACGGUUGUCGCCACCAGACCGUCGGCGUCAGAAACGCUGGAGAAAACAGUCGAGCACCAAAAUCCCAGUGAAGCAAAAUAUCUGUCGUCGAUAUGGUCACCGACGAACGCGGGCAGUCCACGCGAAGAGGAUAGAGAUCUCCCAACAGGGCUGGUUUCGGGAGGCGAGGAUACGAACGACCUUCAUCCACCGAGGAGAAGGAGCAACCAGGACGACCAGAGUGAUGGUUCCAACAGCAAGCUGAACAGCGCUAGGGCCGAGGAAGGCAGGAAUGACGUCAUGGUCGUCUCCAAGCAGGCGAGCUCCGUCGAUGGGAAGAAUGACGGCAUGGUCGUCUCCAAGCAGACAAGCUCUGUCGAUGGGGAAAGCGUCCUCGGAGAAGAAGCGGAGGGUCCGGGCGAGGGGAACGAUUUCGUCAAGACUGCCUUCAGUCCACAAGCAUCGAUAGAUUCUGGGGUCUUGGACUCGAGGCAGCGCUGGAUUUGGGCCUUUGGGCGGAUUUGCCAGCUGGUUCGGCGCAGAAAGAGGAAGCAAUUCGAGAUCAUGUCUCAAAGAGCCACCGACCGAGCCGUGCGAAUGGGUUCCCGAGUUUCUGUCGUGGAAAAACGGCUGGAUGAGACGACAGAGCAACUGCUGGUGGUGAAUCAACUUAGAGACAAGUCUGGAUCUCACACUGCCCAGAUCAAGAAUCUCAACGAAAUGGUCAAGGAGCUGUGCAAAUUACUGGGCAUGGAGGAGAAAAUCAACGGGAUUGUACACGCCACCAAGAAACUGAUGGAAGAGAAGUUCAAGUCGGACAUGACGGAGUUGGAGACAAGAAUUGCCAGCGAACACCGCGAGCUAGAGACAAGCCUUGAGAGCGAGAUCAGACGCAACGGGACCAAGCUGGAAGACAUGGACGACCGCUACGCCAGAAGCGAAGAGGCUCUUCGGCGUGCCGAGGAGAGAAUAGGAGAGGUGCAGGAGGAGAUGCAUGCGGUAGGUGAAAGCAUCUCGGAGGUAGAAAGGAGGCUGAGGGUGGACGAGGACCGAUUGAGCAGCCUCGAGAACCUCAAGAAGGCGCACCAGCGACGAUUGAGCGAACUCAGGGUGCAGCUCGAGAGUGGCACGCCGGCCGCUGGAGGCGCUGUUCCCAUCGAAACGGAGCCUGAGGAGACCGGCGAAGAUCGGAUGGCCCGCCUCCUUAAAACGGCGAGUACCGCAACUGAGUUCCUCGCUGAAGACCUCGACAAGAUCCUCGACAAUAACGGCGGUAACGCGGGUGACGCAACAGCGACAGCGGCAGGCAACGCUGAGGCUAACCACGAACUGGGCCAAGUUCAGUCUGCUAGGUCCAGCGACAGCAACAUCGAUCACGCGUUGCAAGAACUACGGCAUGUGUCUAUCGAUGCAGUAGAGUGCUCGCGUCUAUGCAACGACGUCGCGAACGCCAGUGGUCAGGCAGAAGGGGAUGAAAUCGGGCCGGACGGCGGCGGCGCCGGUAGCGACCAUAACGUCGAUGCUGCCGUCUGUCGUGCGGAGGCUCUCUGCGGCCGCAUACAAGACCUGCUUUCCGCCCAUGAGAAAAACAUCAGCAGCAACAAGAAAAAGGCAGAGCUAUCCGCAACAUUUGAGAUCGAACGGCAGGGUUCCCUGGAGGGCAAUGGCGGGAUGGGGCUCAAGCUCGACGACAUCGUGUGCUCCAACGGUCGGAAGGACCUAGUCCAGAGGCUAACCGCCGCGCGCGAUGCUCUCCUCCCCGUCAUCGGCGAACGGAGCAGCGUGGGGAGUCUGCGGGUCACCCUCCUGGGGCUUACGGCAAGCGUCCGAGCCAACCUCGAGGAGAAGCAGGCUCGCAAACUGAUGGAGGAGCGGUGGAACGACCUUCGCGGCCGGGUGUCCGAACUGAACACCUCCGUCUCCGACAUAAAGGACUCCCUCCUCGACGAAGGUCACCACCGGUACGGCAGCUUGGACAUGGACAGCGACAACGGCGAAGACCUAGAGGAGCGCCUCGGGUGCAAGGCGGACGUUUCGUGGGUCCAGCGAGAGCUGCAAAGGCUGUGGGACGCGCUGAACGCUCGCACGAUGGCCGCGGUCGGGGCGCUGUCGCCGAGGACGGGAGCGGGGGUUAGGGAGGGACAGGGCGGGGACCCGUCCCGCCCACGGUCCACGCCGUCGACCGACUACGAUAAGGAGAACCACAACCCGGAGACCGCGGGGCAGGCGGAGGGCGACCUCGAGGCAUCGCCGUCUCAAGCGAACAGCCGCGUGAUAAGCGGGUCGUUGCCAUCCUCGGCCCUCUCGACGGCGCUUGGUGGUGGCGGCGGCGGCGGCGGAGGGUCGCAGGGGGCUGUGGGUGGGCGGAGGGCCAGCGUUAACGAGGGGGCGUCACUGAUCAAGGACCUGAUGAAGAAAACUUCACGCCUGGAGCAACAGCGCCUUCACGAACGCGUUCUUGUCAUGUUUCACUUUUCCGCUAUGACCGUUUGCUGUAUGUUCACACCGCCGCUAUCGCUGCUGCCCUCAUGGCUUGGUGAUGCUACGUCCCGAUUCGACUUCUUCGACUUCGUGCUACAUCCACGACCACGAUACCAUGCGGUAUGGAAUCCCACGGUACGGAAGAUGGCAACGAAAGCUGACAACGAAGAGGUGAUGAAGGCGCUAUCCUCCGUGGGCAACAAGCUACGAAAGGUCGGCAUUGUCAUCCCCGCGAUGCAAGAGGAGCUAGCCAACAAGAUCGAGAGGAAAGACCUGGCCAAGCUGGUCUCCAUGGUAUCGAACGGCGGCGGCACCGGCGAACCGCCGCCGGGCGGACACGAAGGGCCCCACAACAACGGUGACAGCAGCGCCGUCGUCGCCUCUCGCCUCAACUCCAAGUUCCGCUGCCUCUCCUGCGAUCGCCCUCUUCCCGCCCUGGGCCCCCCGGGGCCGCCGAAGCUCGGCGCUUCCGGGCUGUCGAUUGCGGGGGCCGGGACCCCGCGAAGCCCUCAAAAACCGAAAAGCCAGCAGCGGCUGAAGCUAACCGCCGCAGAAGAACCGGGGGCUGAAAAGAACGCCCGGCCGGGCAGUCCGGCGACAACGUCGCCGGCAGUGGAGGACGUGGGAGACGUUGCUGGGUGGGGCGGCGGGAGUUCUAGCAUGAUGAUUCCGGGAGGAGCUUCCGACAUGGAGAGCACUUACGGGAACGGCGGCAAGGACGCCGGGGCGAGACGCCGCCAGAAACAGCAGCACCGGCAGCAACACGGGAUGGAUCAGCCUCCCGGGCGGCUGGAGCCGCUGGGUGCCAACGGGGAGCACAUGGCCGGAGUGUUGUCGCGGUACCCGAGGAUGAUGCCGCCUCCGAGCAGAAUCCGGACCGCUGCCGGGGGCGGCAUCGGGUCUAGGCCGUCCUCGUCGGGAGGCCGCAUUUGA